AUGUCGACCCAAGCGUAUUACAAGGAACGCCUGGGGUUCGAUCCUCAAGAGGCGAUGCAGGACGGCGUCAACGGCUCAUACUACGAUGGACCCUACCAGCCCAAGAGACACCGCGGCGAACACAAGGAGAGCCACGACCAGGUUUACGAGGAGAAUCUGACCAAAUUUAAAGGUACAACAUGUUGGGGAUUCUUUAUACAGCAGUCAGAUGAAAGGGACGCUAUCCAGAAGAAGACAUUCACUAAAUGGGUCAACAAACAUCUCAAAAAGGUUUUUGCAUAUUUCACGCUGCUCGGACAGACGUACACACGUCUCCAUGUAUGUGAGAUAGUGAAUAACCAACCCUGUUGUCCCCCACAACAAGUGAAUCGUCACGUGAAUGACCUGUUUGAAGACUUGCGGGAUGGACUCAACCUCAUCUCACUGCUGGAGGUGCUUUCUGGCGAACACCUCCCGCGUGAGAGAGGACGUAUGCGUUUCCACAUGCUGCAGAAUGUCCAGAUGGCGCUGGACUUUCUGCGGUACAAGAAGAUCAAGUUGGUUAACAUACGGGCUGAGGACAUCGUGGAUGGAAACCCCAAGCUGACCCUGGGCUUGAUAUGGACCAUCAUCCUGCACUUCCAGUCGUACAUAUUGGUGGGCGAAGCUGCGUAA